AUGCAUCUGUCAAUUAAAAUCCCGCUUCUCGCCCUCGCCCUCCAGCAAGGUGUCUCUGCUGCUGACCCUGCGACCACGACAACCACCGCCGCCACCACAGACACCUCCUGCGGUCCUUGCCAACACGGAUAUGUCUGCAAACAAGGCCACUGUAUCCUCGACACCGAACACCUGACAAAUCCCCUGCAAAUCUUCUCCACCAUCACCAACCCCGGUGGCCCUCUUCAAACGGCCACCGAUUCCACGACCGCCAUGGAAACUACGCCCAGCGGCGCAAGCUCGAGUAGCGCGAGUGCGGGUGCCACCCAGUCUGCCUCGAGCUCGGACUCUGCCACGGCGGACCACUCAUCCUCCACCAUGUCAAUGACUUCGCGAGAGGUGCCGACGGGCUCGAGCUCGACGACGGCGGCUGCGGCUGGUACAACCACCGCGUCUGGAGGAGGGAGUACGCUAUCGGCGGAGUGGAGUAUGUGGAUGGCGCUGGGACUGGUUGUCGUGGGACUUGGACCGGUGAUUGUUUGA